AUGAAGCCUGAGCACUCUGGGGACCAGACCCCGAGGUCUCCAAUUAUGACAUUCCACCCAACCAUGGAAGAAUUUACAGAUUUCAACAAAUACAUUGCUUACAUGGAAUCCCAGGGUGCACACCGAGCUGGCCUAGCCAAGGUAAUUCCACCCAAGGAAUGGAAAGCCAGACAGAACUAUGAUGGUAUCGAUGACAUCUUAAUAGCCAGUCCUCUCCAGCAGGUGGUCUCUGGGCGGGCAGGUGUGUUUACUCAAUACCAUAAAAAGAAGAAAGCCAUGACUGUGGGGGACUAUUGCCACUUGGCAAACAGUGAAAAAUAUCAGACUCCACCACACCUGAAUUUUGAAAACUUGGAGCGAAAAUACUGGAAGAACCGCCUCUACAACCCACCAAUUUAUGGUGCUGACAUCAGCGGCUCCUUAUUUGAUGAAAACACUAAACAAUGGAACCUUGGUCACCUGGGAACCAUUCAGGAACUGUUGGAGCAGGAAUGUGGAGUUGUCAUUGAAGGCGUCAACACACCCUACCUGUACUUUGGCAUGUGGAAGGCCACCUUCGCUUGGCACACGGAGGACAGCAUCAACUACCUGCACUUCGGGGAGCCCAAAACGUGGUACGCGGUGCCCCCAGAACACGGCCAGAGCGGGGAGCUUUUCCUGGGGAGUUCGCGAGGCUGUGAGGCCUUCCUGCGGCACAAGGUGGCUCUCAUCUCGCCCACUGUCCUCAGGAAGAACGGGAUUCCCUGCAAUCGCAUGACUCAGGAGGCUGGAGAGUUCAUGGUGACGUUUCCCUAUGGCUACCACGCUGGCUUCAACCACGGCUUCAACUGCGCGGAAGCCAUCAACUUCGCCACCCCGCGAUGGGUGGAUUAUGGCAAAGCGGUGUCUCAGUGCAGCUGCGGGGAGGCCAGGGUGAGCUUCUCCAUGGACGCCUUCGUGCGCAUCCUGCAACCCGAGCGCUACGAGCUGUGGAAACGCGGGCAGGACCGGCCGGUCGUGGAUCACGCGGAGCCCGGGGCGCCGGCCAGCCCGGAGCUGACCGCCGCGAGGGAGGACCAGGUGCUCUGGAGAGCCGCGCUACGCCUGACGCACCUGCCAUCCCUCAAGGCCAGGCGUACCCAGCGGCCGGUUCCCUCUAGGUGUGGAAACUUCCGUCGAGCCCCGGUGUGCUGGGGGCCCUAG